AUGGAUUUUGAGGCAGACACUGAUACCGCGCAGCAAACACUAUCACCAGCAACUCUAAAUCAUCAGCAAGACAUCGCAAACGACACCAGUCUACUUAGAACGAGCGCCAGAGUCCGAGCGGCUCGGGAACGGCAAGAGCAGCAGCGCCAGCAAGAAGCUACAGAAUCUACUUCUACGAGCACUAGAUCUCUCAAGGGGAAAGCAAAGGCUCCAGCGCCCCAAACCCGCAGACCGAGACGUUCAAACGCACCCUUGACAAUCACCGAGCCCUUGCAAGAUCGCAAAGGAAAGAAACGCGCAGCACCCUCCUCUGACGACGACUCAUCCGACCAAGACGAGGAGACCCGCCCGCCACCCCGAAAGCGUCCCAGAACCUCAAAUCCUCGUUAUUCAUUCAGAGCUCUUGACAUCAAGAAGAACAAUCCGCCAGCGACCAUGCCAAAGAAAACUCGCAAGAACCCAAGGGCUUCCACCUCGAAUGCAGCCGGUCCCUCACGCGACUUUGUAGAGGACGAUAUCGAUAUGGAAAGCCUCAGUGACUCUCAGGGUGAUCCUGUCAAGGAGAUGGAAGAUCAGACUUUAUCAUCAGAGCUAGCAAUCGAAAGUCCCGAACAGAGCACAAGUAAAGACGCUCAAGUCGCAGACCCCGAUGAUCCUCGCCCAUCAACUUCGAAUGAAAAUGAUAAUCCAGCACCUUCGGGAGAGCCAGCGAGCGAGCCAGUACCCUCCGAGGAGCAGCCACCCGCGCCUGAGCCCCCAUUUACCUCUAUCAUGGGUGGAGAUUUCCAAUUCGGCGCUUACAUGGCGUCACUUGGAACCCGACUCAAAGGCCUCUUGAACAAUUUGAAGCCAUCUGCGGACCCGACUUCUCGUCUCCUGGCACUUCAGGACUUGAGCGAGAUCUUGAGUAUGAGUACCGAAGACAAUCUGAACGGGUACUUUUCUCAGGACAGCUUUGUCAAGGAGCUCGUUCACAUCAUGGGUGGUCCACGAAAAAGCGGUGAUCAGGACGAGGAAAACGACGAAGAGGGCUCUCCUAAUCCAGACGACGAGGAUGCGGCGCUGGCGGCAGCCCUUGCUCUGAGUGGGGGCGGCUUACUACCCGAGGAGAAUUUGGAGGAGCAGCUAUUGGCUUGCAGGUGUUUGGCCAAUUUAAUGGAGGCUAUGCCAGGCUCCGCGCAUACAUUGGUGUACCAUGGAGCAGUUCCGGUCCUUUGCAGCAAGUUGCUACAAAUUACAUUCAUAGACCUGGCAGAGCAGACCAUCAGCACGCUAGAGAAACUUUCUGAAGAAUACCCAAGUGCGAUCGUUCGCGAAGGUGGUUUGGCAGCCCUCCUCAAUUAUCUCGACUUUUUCUCCACCCAUGUCCAACGCACCGCCUUACAAGCCGCCGCCAACUGUUGUCGAAACAUGUCCUCGGAUAGCUUCAACAUGGUCCGCGACGUCUUUCCGACAAUCAAGAAUGUACUUACCUAUAGCGACGCGAGACUUGUCGAGUACGCGGCCAUGUGCGUAAUCCGAACUAUUGAAUCUUUUUGCCGAAACCAAACGGAGAAUUUGGAGACGCUGAUCACAGAUGACUUGGUGGUUUCCAUCAACGCGCUCCUCCUUCCGCAAUCAACCGGUGCCACGCCCAUGAUUUCGGCCACGACGUCAACACAGUUCCUGCGCGCACUGAGUGGUGCAGCCAAAUGUUCUCCGGCCAUCUCUAUGACGCUUCUUAGAGGUGGAAUCGGCAGCACCGUAUACGCGUUCUUGACCGGGGUACUGCCUCCAAAUCACCCAGAAGCUACUAGCGACGAAUAUGGCGGAGGAGAAUCUGGCCAGGGCGUUGGAAGUGGCGUCGUGGACAUGGCAGUAAUGCAGAAUCUGGCUCAUCGUCCGAAGGACCAGGUCGAAGAGGCCCUCAGCCUGAUCAGCGAACUGAUGCCGCCGCUUCCAAAAGAUGGUGUUUUCGAUCCUCGAGGCUAUACGGAGAAGGCGAUCAGUCGCGCGCUCAAGGCCAAAACCAAAGACUCCAAGGCGCGAACCCAAGCGAAACAGCCAACUCCUGCAGCUGUGCCUGUCGUAAAGAUAGAAGAAACGGUGCAGGACAUUGGCGUUGCGGACCUACCGUUUCUCGAGGGAGAGUUACCUACACCAGCGACGGAUAGAAGUGGUGAACAAGAUGAAAGUGCGACGGACAAAGGCACCGCUCCUAGUGUGACCGAAGGUGGAGAGAAGAAGCCAGAUGUCAGUCUCGGAGAACCCAGUGUCCUCCAGGAAGAGCCGACGACUCAAGCUAGCACGAGUCAAGAACCAGCAGAGGGCCGCUUGGAGGAAAGCCAAACCAACGGGGGAAACGAAGAAUUGUCAGCAGCUUUCACCAACGAGGCAGGCGAGCCAUUGAUGGCGAUGAUCCUGGACGAUGCGGGCAUUCCAACUAUAAUUGGCGAAAUCGUGCAAGACGCUACUUCAUCCAGCCAGGCGCCAGUCGAGACGCCUCCUGUUCCUGUACCCAGCUCUUCGAAUCGACAUCGACAUGGUGAGGGGAGUCAAAGUCAAGCAAGGCUGCAGCUCUUGCGAGCCAAUCCAGAGGUCAUUUCGCGAUUCCUGCGGCUCAUUGUUCCCGUACUCUUCGACGUCUACUCUGCGAGUGUGACGCUUCCGGUGAGGAUGAGGUGCUUUACUGGGAUUUUGAAGGCAACAAGCUUUGUAGAAGGAGAUGCGAUGGAGGCGUUUUAUAGGAAUGUACCAGUGGCGAGCUUCAUUGGCUCCAUAUUGACGUCGCGGGACAACCCUCUCAUCGUGACAAACUCUUUGCAGCUCAUCGAGCUGCUCCUCAUCAAGUCUCCCUCCGUGUUCCGGAGCUCGCUGCGCAAAGAAGGCGUUUUGCACGAAGUCUCCACUAUUUCAAAGAUUGACCUCAAGAUAAAGGCCAAGCCUCCUCCGCCUCCACCCGUCGAAGGAGGUGAAGACAACGACACACUUGCGGUUCCACCACCAAUACCCAAGAAGUCUAGCUCUGUUCCUCUAGAUCCUCAGGAUGCCUACGUCCUCCGAAGUCGUCUCAUCAAGAUCAAGUAUCUGUCUGGGGGGUCUGACGCCGGAGGGGACGCCGUCUUUGAGUCGCUUCGAGCGAUGAUCAAGCAGCUCUCGGAUUCAAAUGCCACCGAGGAGCAGAUCUCGGCGAAUUUGAAAGAGGUGGCCAAGUUGUUUGGGGUAUCUGGUCCGACCAUCUCGAGCUUUGAGUUGAUGAAGAGCGGACUCGUUGAUGGCCUGCUCGAGUUUGCCACCUCUUCGAAUAGAACCGGCAAGUUGCCAUCUUCUGAACCUGCUUGUCCUGACGUAUUUGUAGUCGAUAUUGAGAGGAGGAAAGAAUUGUUCUUGGAUGCGUUUUCGGCUCGCUCCGGCUACGCUACGCCGUCUUCGCAGACACCCCUAGCGGUUCUUGUCAAGCGACUACAAGAGAGUCUGACACGAAUGGAGUCAUUCGAAGUUGCGACUACGUCACCGGGUUCUAUGGAAGAUGCCAGGCGUUCUUCCAUGUCCCUGAUUAGUCGGACGUUGAGGCUCAAGCUUGUAGCAGAAACUCCGUCAGAAGUUCCCAAGUCUUGUCAAAGUCUGAUGGUCUCUAUUCAUGCCAUCGCUCCAUUCUCGGCACUUGAGGACUAUCUCAAGCCACGCAUCGCUGGGAUUCUGUCCUUCCGACCAGAGCUCACCUCCGGACUCCUUCAGGCGCUUACAAGCUCCGGUCUCCCAUCAUCUACAAUGGCUCAAUCGGUAUUGGGGCGGCUCCUUAGUCGCUCUGGUAGUGGUACUAGUGGAUCACUUAGCACAGGUCCCACUGCAGCUAUCAACUCUCUGAAUAAUCUGCUCAAUGCGCUCUCUGGAGCGACAUCCUCCAGUGGUCCAUUGUCGGCUCCAGUCAUAGGUGGUGGAAGCUCUGCGGCAACGUCUCAACCAAUCUCGAUACCAGGUCGAAAUGCGACGACUGCAGCUUCGGCCCCUACAACACCAACGACCACAGAAACCGCCGGGGAUCGAACAGAAUCGCGUAGGCGCAGUCUUCGACUCAGAGGGCAGCCACCUGCACCUUCAGACGACCAGGGAUCAGCGGAAGGGACCACGCAGGAGCCCACCGUCGCAUCCUCCGCUCCUAGCUCAAGCUCAAGCGCAGACCCUGGUGCCCGGGCUUUGGCGUCUUCUCUUCUCCAUCAACUUCUCGUGGACGAUGGUGAUAUGGAUGACAUGGACGACGACGAGGUGGGUGAUGAUGGUGAGGACAUUAUCACCGAAAGAGCCUUCAAUCUUGCAUUCGAUGGUGCCGAUAACUUGACGGCCUCUACACCCCAUGGAACUCGUAUCGCUACCCCUCUUGCAGGAACGACACCCAGCGUCGAAUCUCCGUUGGCAAUGAUGGCUGCUAAUAAUUCUCUGAGAGCUGCUGCAGGAACCCCUUCAAAAAUGUCAUACGCUGGCGCCGCCGCAGCUGCAGCCGACAAGGCUACUGACUUUUACCUUGAAUUCCGCUUGAACGAUGAAGUGGUGCCAACAGAUAUGACUGUGUACGGAGCAUGCCACCACUACGAGACUCAGAGGUCCAGUGACGGCCAGCCGAAUCCUCAUGCAGUGUGGAACGGCAAUUAUACGAUCACGUUCCGCAAGGUUCCAGGCAAACGCCCUGUCCCAGACCCCAACUCCCCUAACGAGAACAUGGAGACGGACCAAGUGGCGGGUCUUCCAGCUGACAGCCCUCCGUCCAAGAUUCUUCGGCUUCUCCGUGUACUUCAUCGCCUCAACUCCGAGGGAGUAGAACAUGUGGAUGCACACGUCAAGAUUAUCACAAUUCCUGACUCUGCAUUUAUCAAUAACAAACUCACUGCCAAACUUGCUCGUCAACUGGAAGAGAUUAUGAUCCUUGCGAGCAAUUGCCUACCUGACUGGGCACUCGAUUUGCCGCAGCAAUUUGGCUUCCUCUUCCCAUUCUCGACACGUUAUCUCUUUCUUCAAAGCACUUCUUUCGGUUAUGCGCGUCUUCUCAAUCGCGUCAUCUCUCAGUAUCCUCGAGAAGUUGCCAACAACAGCCGUCGAGAUGGCCUCGAACAGUAUGGGCGCCUACAACGUCGCAAAGUCGAAGUCCCACGCGAUUCACCGAUGCAAGUCGCGCUCAAGGUUUUCGACCUAUUCGGCGCCUCGUCGUCGAUUCUCGACGUUCACUUCCAAGGCGAAGUAGGCACGGGUCUUGGUCCGACUCUCGAGUUCUUUGCGUCUGUUUGCAGAGAGUUUGCGUGGCGUGAUCUCAAGCUUUGGCGAGAUGCUGACAGCACCUUGCCUGGCAAGUAUGUCCAUCACCCAUUCGGCCUCUUCCCUGCGCCCAUGCUCAACUCGGUGGUCGAGGGCCCGACUGCCACUGAGCGAGACAGGAGGAAAAUUCGUCUCUACCGGCUGUUGGGACAAUUUGUUGCACGUGCCUUGUUGGAUUCUCGCAUCAUCGACAUUUCCUUCAACAAGGUCUUCUUGAAGAUGAUACUUGGAGAGAGCGUCCCACUCUCGGUAUCAACCAUCAAGGUCGUCGAUCCAUCUUUGGGCCAGUCGCUUGCCACUCUACAGCAGUUUGUCCAAAGGAAGAAGGAGAUUCAAGCAGACGCCAAGAUGAACGCAAAGGCCAAGAAGGAAGCCAUCACCAAAGUUGACGUCAAGGGCGUUACGCUAGAGGACAUGUGCCUUGACUUUACGGCUGGGGGGAAAGACAUUUCCGUCACGAUGGAGAAUGUGGACGAGUAUAUUGAGCUCGUUAUUGAUGCUAUUAUUGGUCGUGGCGCACGUCCUGCUGUCGACGCAUUCAAAGCAGGCUUUUCGACCGUGUUUCCCGUGCACGACCUUUGCGCAUUUUCGGCAGAUGAGCUGGUCAUGAUGUUUGGCAAUGCUGAUGAAGAUUGGAGCACAGAAACGUUGCACGAGGCCAUCAAGGCCGACCAUGGCUUCAACGUAGAGAGCGCAGCAAUCCGAGACUUGAUUGAGAUUAUGGCGGCAUAUGAUAAGAGUGGACGAAGAGACUUUUUGCAGUUUAUUACUGGUAGCCCAAAACUACCCAUCGGAGGCUUCAAGGCACUCAAUCCUCAGCUGACUGUCGUUCGAAAGCCUCACGAAGCACCACUAACACCGGACGACUACCUGCCGAGUGUGAUGACGUGCGCGCACUACCUCAAGCUGCCUUCGUACAGCUCGCGAGCAAUCAUGGAGAAGAAGUUGAUGAUUGCGAUGCGCGAAGGCACUGGCAGUUUCCACCUUUCAUAA